AUGAGUGAGAAUCAGAGCGAUGAAGACAGUCCUGAUGAAGAAUCGGAUCAUCAAGAAGACGCUAAAGAUGAAGAUUCUGUGACUUCAACGUCUUCAUCUUCACAAAAGUCUGGUUCCAUCUUAUCCUUGACUGCCCUUUUUUCCUAUUUUUUUGAUUUGCUUAUAAAUAAAGACAAUAUACCGUUUAUUUUAGUGAACAAAACUACAGUCCAGCAACAGUUUCAACAAAGUCACGGCGAAUAUCAGGCAUGGCUAAGGAAGAAGAAAGAAGCGGAAAAUAAACGUCGACAAGCACAGAAAUUGAAGGAUGACGCUGAAAAGCAAAAAAUGGAACAGCGAAAAGCAGAUGCCAAAAAAUGCUACGAAAGUUGGAAGAAAAAUGCCGAUAGAGUGGCAAGGGAAAAGAGGAAGCAGGAAUUGGAGCAGAAAGAACGACAAAGGAAAAAAUUGGAAGAUGAGAAAAAAGAAAGAGAGCAAAUCAACAAAAAGGCUUUCGAGGAGUGGAAGAAGAGACAUUCAGAAAAUGGGUACUCUUCGAACACAGAAAUAAUGGAAGAAGAAUACAAUUCUGAUAAUUUAGGCAACAGUUUUUGUGACAGAAUUCAAGAAGCUCAAAAAGCUUAUCAACAAUGGUAG